GAAGCACGGGUGCGCGCAUUUAACAUGAUUGAUCCGCUAAUAGGACAGAAGAGCAGACGCACAACUUCAGCUUUAAAUCUACCAACGGUUCCUUUUUUCUCCUUUCUUUCCACUUCAACUCAAACGAGCUUGAUGUGAGCGAGGGGGGAAAAACUUCAAAAAUCACCUCCUUUCCCUUCUGUCACCCUCACAGAGCACCUCUCACCUUUACUUUCGGAUUGUGGCUUUAACUCACGGCUUCACUGGGCACAAAACGACACGAGAUUCUCUUCUGCAACUUUAACGCACACCAGGGACAAAAUCACCGACAGGGAAACUGAUUUUUUAUUUUUCUGGCACAAAGAAGCGUUAAAGUUACACAAUGAGUCUGAAGUCAGAUUCAGAGACGAACACCAGUGUUUCAUUAGAAGAGGAGGUACGAACGCUCUUUGUCAGCGGGCUGCCUGUCGACAUCAAACCACGUGAGCUUUACCUGCUGUUCAGACCCUUCAAGGGAUAUGAAGGAUCUCUCAUAAAACUGACCUCAAAACAGCCUGUGGGGUUUGUCACGUUUGACAGCCGGUCUGGAGCUGAAGCGGCCAAGAAUGCGUUGAACGGCAUCCGCUUUGACCCAGAGAGUCCUCAAACGCUGCGUCUGGAGUUUGCUAAAGCCAAUACUAAGAUGGCGAAGAGUAAACUGAUGGCCACGCCAAACCCUUCCAACCUGCACCCGGCUCUAGGUGCGCAUUUCAUCGCUCGAGACCCAUAUGACCUGACGGGGGCAGCACUGAUCCCUGCAUCUCCUGAGGCGUGGGCUCCGUAUCCCCUCUACACCACUGAACUGACCCCAGGCCUGCCUCACGCCGCCUUCACCUACCCCGCCGCUGCUGCUGCCGCCGCUGCCCUGCACGCCCAGGUGAGGGACCAGCCGAUGCGCUGGUACCCGUCCCCCUCUGAAAGUUCUCAACCGGGGUGGAAAUCACGCCAGUUCUGUUAAAUAAUCCAUGCCAUCCCGUACCAGACAUUUAGUUUUUAUUUCUCCCUCCUGUUUGAAUGAAGAACAACUGGGCUCAGCAUUUAAUUUAAUCAGGUUUAUUUAAUGGACAAUCUAAGCAUGAAGGAUUAUUUUCCUGGAGGAAGUCUUCUCUAAAGAGAUGCUGAGGACUUUGACGAACCUUCACGGUACUGUCUCCAUUUCAACAGCUGCGCUUGAUCCAAUCACGCGCAGGCAUUCAACAUGUCUAGCUGCUCCUGUAGAUGUUUGUUUUUUGGGGGGGGUGGGAUCGUCUUUCUGCAUGCGAUAAAACACGAGUCUUUUAGAAUGCAAACCUUUUCGUCUGUUCGUUUGCGCUCGUGUUUCCAAGUCCCAGCUAACGCUAACUGUUUUCAGCCUCUUUGUUCUUGCAUUAUGUGAAAGGUGGAGGUCUGAAUUUUGAUUUUUGCAAUCCAGUCUCUGUGUACUUUUGUUUCCUAUUUUAAAGAACUGACGACAUAUGCACUGGGUGUUUGUUUCUGUUUGUGAUCCUGACGUGAACCAAGCGGAUUCGUUCGAGUUCUCGUCUCUUCCAGACCUUUGCUGCAUCUUCCUCUGCCCUGAAUUCACCAAACCUCUGCUAUCUGUGUCUGCUUGGAGAAUAUCUGAACAAAAAAAAGAAAUGUACAAGUAUUUUUGUACACUUGUGUAAUAAUGAAUAUUUAUGCAUAUUUUUGUUUUGUGCAAUUAAAUAAGUAUAUAUGUAUGAGCAGUUUAGUGUUCUCUUGUUAUUUUUGGUGUUUUCAUUGGUUGUUAAUUCUGUCCAUAACUUGUUUGAAGUAAGUGCAAUUGUUUUCUUUUUUUCUUUUGCUCUGUGUUACAUACUGAAGUUUCCUGUGGCAGUGCUGCGAGUUUAAACGGGCUGCCAACAUGAGAUUGCUGUAUUAUAUAUAAAAAAAAAAAAUUAAAAAUGCUCAUUUUUUUUUUCUUUAUUUCAGAAUGUGAAACUGGAGAAUAAAAGGAAAUCUGAGGA